UAACACUUGCAAGAAGUCUGAGACUGAGAACCAACAUAAAUAGCAAUAGCAAAUUUGACACUUAACUUGUAUAUUGUAUUGCCCGUGGUUUGGGGUCAUUCGUACCCCGUUCAGAAGAGCACUUCUGAUAAUGCCUUGCAGAUAACGUAAAUAACAUCAUUUUGACACUUCACUUGUAUAUUUAAUUGCUGGUGAUUGUGGGUCGUCUCUACCCCGUUCAGUUGGGGUUAUUUCGCACAAUAAUAUGUGGCAGAUUACCUUUAUAAAUUUUUACACUUCCCUGCAUUUUUAUUGCAGGUGAUAGUGGGUCGUUCGUACCAAGUCCAGUGGGGUAGGACCAAAUCAACGGCAGGUGAAGCCGUGAUUAUCGCGGAAGGUAUUGAAGCCGAAAUGAAGGAAAAACUGUCAGAAUGCCUUCAACAGUUUGAAAACAACAACAAAAGAAAAGAACCUUCGACAAAUGACUACCACCGGCAAGCCUGUGGCACAAGUUAUGAGUCGGAGACCUCCUGCUUCCGUUAUCUCGGAAACCCUGGAACCACCGCAAGAAGCCUCCUCAACGGAAACGGGGUUCGUUCAACUUGGAGCGAUUUCUGUACCACCUGGUACAGAUUCUCGCGUACCCGAAACACCGGAACCAUUGUUAGAGGCGACGUCAUCUUCAACUGGAGGCACUUUCGUUCCACCUUCAAUGGGACUGUCCACAGAGCAGGUUGUUCCUACACCACUCCCUGUUGGAGCGACAUAUGUGCCGCCUCCCUUUGAAGAGACUGUUGUGGGAGAGGUUCCAGGGCCGUGGAUGUCUCUGUUAGCAGAGCCACUAUCUGUCACUCCCACUGUUUCAGCAGUAUAGUUGGAUCUGUCAACAACUCCAACUGAAACUCCAACCCGGACAACAUUCCUGGCAACGCGGCCGACCCAAACCGGAUCAAUGAUGUCGAUCCUGAAUAUGAUGAUUGAAAUGCAAAAGACCGAUUUGCCAGAUCAGGAAAAGCUCCGGCAGCAAGUUGAAUUCUUGACCAGAUGUUACGCGUCGCUGCUGCAGGAGAUGGCCUCAAUGAAAGACCUGAUGUAGUCCAUUGUCAAGGGCUUGUACAAUAAUGCAGCUACUUCAACAGCACAGCCUACGGUAGCGCAGCCCACUAUAGUGCAGCCCACGGUGGCACAGUCCAUCGCUGCACAGGCCACAACUGUGCAGCCCACAUAUGUGCAGCCAACAUAUGCACAGCCCACAGAUUCGCAGCCCACAUAUCCUCCUCGUCCUGAAAGUGAGGCUAUUGCCUGUCAUGCCUUACUUUCAGACGAGGAGGUAAAGGUGAUUCGACAAGCUUCCCAUGGCCCGGUUAAUUUCGCUGCUUGCCUGACAAAACGGCUGUUUCCUGAACUGUUCACUGCCGCCAACGUGAGGCUUCACUACAACUACCAUGGUGGCGGCAGGGACAAAAAACAGGCACUGAGCCCUUGGCGGAAGAGCGCAAUAAGAACGUAUGUUAUUCGUCACUUCCCAAGCAUGAGCGACGAACAGAAUUGGGGACUCGAAGGCGUCGCCAAAAUGAAUGAACUACUACCCCGCCCAGUAAGGGCACCUGCUGCAAUGACCAAUGAGAUAGACAUGUGAAAGCAAAACUGUACAUUUUGUACACACAUUUGUUUAAUGUAUAAAUGUGUACUAAGUUGAUAUAACUGUAAAUUAUAAUUUCUAUGUAUGUAUAUAUAUAU